UUGAAAGUCCCGGCUUUAAAUCGCGUCGGUUACCUUUACCACUCCCUCAUUACUCUCCCUCUCUAAAGAAGAAGGGAAGCAGAGCAAGGUUCGCAGAGGAGAGAGAAAUAGUGUGUGCGGGUGUAGUGGAGGAGAGUGAGGAAAUAAAUUCAGAGCAGACCCGGAAAUUAAUCGGUGCUUAAUAAGGGGGGAUGUUGAGUGAAAUUGUUCCGGAUUACCGCCGUUCUCUGCAACGGGGCCGCAGCGCUUUCUAUUUCUGCGAGGAUAGUGGAGGAAGGCGAAGAGAAAACGAGGCUGUGAAAUUGGAGGCGAAGGGUAAGAGGUUCCAAACGCUAUUCUUCUCUGAACGCAAAGCUCUUUACUGCAUUGGCUCUACUAGGAUUCAGUGGAGCAGUGCCGGAAGAGAAUAACGGCAUUGCUCUGCUCAUCGGUGAAAGAAAAGAGUAAUUUUGGAAGGGACGAUGGAUUCCGGCGAGGACCAGGAUAUGUCAGAGUCGAAGGGUAAGAAGAAGAGAUACCACCGGCAUACCCCUCGCCAGAUUCAGGAGCUCGAAUCAAUUUUUAAGUUGUAUCCGCAUCCAGACGAGAAACAGAGGAUGCAGCUAAGCCGGGAUUUGGGUUUGGAGCCACGACAGGUCAAAUUUUGGUUCCAGAAUCGCAGAACUCAGAUGAAGGCUCAGCAUGAGAGGUCUGAUAAUUGUGUUCUACGUUCAGAGAACGAAAGGAUCAGGUUCGAGAACAUUACUAUGAUUGAGGCACUAAAAAACAUAGUCUGCCAAACAUGUGGCAGCUCACAAACUUCUGAGGAUUCUUACUUUGAUGAGCAGAAGCUACGCAUGGAGAAUGCCAGGUUGAAAGAGGAGCUUGAUCGGGUCUCGUCAAUUACAUCAAGGCAUCUGGGAAGACCUCUGAUGCAGCUUCCACCAAUCCAACCGUUACCAGCUUCUUCACUUGAUCUUACAGUUGGUGGUUAUGAGAAUACUGAGUUCAAUCCUUCCCUUGACCUUGAUCUACUUGGUAUUGGCCCUCCAUCCAUGCCAUUCCCAUUUCCAACCAUUUCUGAGAUUGAGAGGCCCGUCAUGGUGGAUCUCGCUGCCCGAUCGAUGCAAGAGCUAAUCAGGCUUGCUCAAAAUGAUGAGCCUAUUUGGAGUAGAAAUGGGAGUGAUGGUAGGGAAUUUAUCAAUCUUGAAGCCUAUGAAAGGUUGUUUCCAAGGCCUGGGCAACAGUUCAGGAGUGCCAAUACUCAUAUCGAGGCUUCAAGAGACUCUGGAGAUGUGAUCAUGAAUUCCUUUGCAUUGGUUGACAUGUUUAUGGACCCCGGCAAAUGGAUGGAGCUAUUUCCUACAAUUGUGUCAAAUGCAAGGACUAUUGAAGUUCUAAUGUCUGGAAUGGAUGGAAGUAGGAGUGGAGCCUUAGUUUUGAUGUAUGGUGAAUUCCUGGGGCUAUCGCCGGUGGUUCCCUCCCGCGAGUUUUACUUCCUCCGCUACUGUCAGCAGAUUGAGCAGGGAUUAUGGGUCAUUUCAGAUAUAUCCAUUCACUCUCCAAAAGUCAACAUAAUUCCUUGCAUAAAGCGGCUACCUUCUGGUUGUUUGAUUCAAGAUAUGACAAAUGGUUAUUCUAAGAUUGUAUGGGUUGAACACAUGGAGAUCGAAGAAAAGAAUCCAGUCCACCAGCUUUACCGUGAUUUAGUUGAUAGUGGGAUGGCUUUUGGAGCACAGAGAUGGGUUGCCACCCUACAAAGAAUGUGUAGGAGGAUUGCUUCCCUAAUGGUGACUGGUAAUUCCCCGAGAGAUCUUGGAGGAGUUAUUCCCAAUGAUGAUGGAAAGAGGAGCAUGAUGAGGCUUUCACAGAGGAUGGUGAGCAACUUCUGCUCUACUCUAGGUUCAUCCAAUGGCUACAGAUGGAUUGCACCAGCUGGAGUGAAUGAUUCUGGAGUCAGGGUUACAGUUCACAAGUGCUCAGACUCUGGCCAAGCUAAUGGAGUCUUCCAACCUAAUGGAGUCUUCCUUAGUGCCGCAACUUCCAUAUGGCUACCAUACUCCCCUGAAUCUGUCUUCAGCUUUUUCAGAGAUGAAAGGUCUCGGGUUCAGUGGGAUGUUCUAUCACAUGGAAAAGCUGUUCAAGAGGUCACUCGCAUUUCAAAUGAUCAACACCCCGGAAACUGUAUCUCUCUCCUUCGGGCAACUAUGAAUCCUGCCAAUCUGAAUGACAGAAACAUGCUUAUACUCCAAGAGAGCUGCACUGACUCUUCAGGUUCACUCGUAGUGUAUGCAUCUGUAGAUCUGCCAUCUAUGAACAUUGCAAUGAGUGGAGAAGACUCAUCAUUUAUCCCUCUUCUGCCGUCGGGAUUUGUGAUCUUGCCUGACGGCAGGCCGGGUACCGGCACCGGCAUUAAUGCAGCUUCAAGCUCCAAUCCACUGGGAGGAUCAUCAGGUACAGUGCUCACCAUUGCCUUUCAGAUCAUGGUGAGCAGCUUACCUUCAGCAAAGCUAAGCCUUGAGUCAGUCACAACGGUUAACAAUGUCAUUGGCGCAACUGUUCAGCAAAUAAAGUCUGCUCUGCGUUCCCUUGAAGCUUGACAGAAAUGAAUCUAAAGAUAUCAGUGAGCCAUUCAUGUUUAGACAUAGUAAAAUGAUUUCUGUAGCAGGUAAAAAUGUACAAUGUAUCCCCUUACUGAUAGGCAGUAGCACUUAGUUUUCUUUAGUCCUUUCAUUUAAAUUCCUUGGAAGUUUCAAAAAUCACUCCCUGAUCUGAGCU